GUAUGUGUCAUAGUCUUGGGUGGUGUGAGGACGAUAUUAUUCGAAAACGGUGAAAAAAGUAAGCCAAAAAUAAUGGGCCGGGUUAAAGCGACCACUAGAAAAAAGGGAGGGCAUACGGGACAAUCUAUGAAGAAAGCACUAGAACUAGUCAAAGCUGGAAUGAGUAUUAGGCAAGCAAGUAAAGAGUGCAAUCUUAAAUAUCCAACGGUUAGAUUAUAUGUGCACAAAUACAUUGUAAAUCCACAUGUUCGCUUAACACAAAAUUACGCAGUCAAUACGAUUUUUACACCUGAAGAAGAAGUAAAAAUAAUAGAAUAUAUUAAAUAUUGCGCUGAAAUAUUUUAUGGUUUAACUACUAAAAAUUGUAGACGUGUUGCUUAUUAAAUGGGAAAGCCAACAAUAUCAAAGUACCCGCGUCCUGGAUCAAAUCAGAAAUGGCUGGAUUUGAAUGGCUACGUUAAUUCAGAAAAAGACACCCGGAAGUUUCUUUAAGGAAACCAGAAGCCUGCAGUUUGGCAAGGGCAAGUGCUUUUAAUAAACACAAUAUUGAAUCAUUUUUUCACAAUUUAAAAUCAGUUAUGGGGAGACACCCAACAUUUGCAGAUGGCACUAGGAUUUACAACUUAGAUGAAACUUCAACUACCACAGUACAAAGACUGUCUAAGGUAUUAGCACCGAAACGCACAAAUGUAUCCAAAAUUACAAGUGGAGAGAGGGGUACCCUUGUCACAACCUGCUGCAUUGUUAAUACAACCGGACAAGCUUUGCCUCCGGCUAUGGUUUUCCCCAGGAAAAAGUUUCAACCUCACAUGUUACAUGGAGCGCCAUCAGGUUUAGCUGCUGCUUCUCGGUGGAUGAAUGCCGAGAUAUUUGUAGAUGUAAUGAAACACUUCAUCAAACAUGUAUCAGCUUCAAAAGAAAAUCCUGCACUUUUAAUUAUGGAUAAUCAUGAGAGUCAUCUUUCGCUUGAGGCACUGGACCUUGCUAAAGCUUCAGGAGUCACUGUUUUAACCCUUCAUCCACACACCACUUCAAAACUUCAACCACUUGACGUUGGAUUGAACGGUCCAUUUAAGUCAUACUACAAUGCAGCAGUGGAUUCAUGGCUAUUAAGAAAUCCGGGACAAUGUUUAACUAUUUCCUAUAUUGCAGAAUGUGUGGGAAUCGCAUAUAUGAAGGCGAUGACUCCGAUAAACAUAAUCAACUCAUUUAGGAAAACUGGUAUAUUCCUAUUUGAUCAAUUUAUAUUCACAGAGGUUGACUUUAUGCCUAGCCCGGUGACGGACAGCUCACAUACCUUAGAAGACAUUGAAAACCGACAGGGUGAAAAAUCUCCGUCACCAUCUCUUCUCGAUAAUGUUGAUCCGGAACUCAAAGACUCAAACGAAGACAAAGAUAUCACGCCUCCAGGAAUUGUCACACCCGAAGCGCCAUCUCCAUCUAUAGUUGAGAAUAACAAUUCGCAACUUGAUUCUCCCGACGGCCCAGAUUCCCUUAAGCAAUUAAUGUGUUCGUCAAAAUGUUGGUAAUCAGCCAGAUUCAUCCAAUAUCCGAGAUAAUCUCCAAAUACCGUCUCCAACUGUUAAAAAUAUUCAUCCACGUGAAACUCUUCAACCUACUCCUUCGACAAGCAGAAAUAUUACUGCACUCCUGGAAUUCAUGCCUCCAAUAAAAGCAAAACCUCGUGAUCCAAAAAGACGUAGAACACCUGGAAGAAGCAUGAUAGCUACGGAUACUCCAGAAAAAAGAUUGUAUUGCCGCUAAGAGAAUAAAAGCGAAUUAGAAGCUGAUUAAAAAUGUCAAGCAAGACCUAUUCACCCAAAAUACUAAAAAAAAAGACAGGUAAAAAUAAGAAGAAACCCAACAUUGCCAAUAAUCCAGAGACAUCAGAGGAAGAAGAAUUUGUAGCGAGUGGAGAAUCGUCUGGUGGUGAGGAAUAUGUCAGUGAAAACGAAUUUGAGUAUGGUGAAAUUAUACUACAUGGCAACUUCUUACCAUUGACUCGAGAUCCAAGGGAGCAAGAAUAUGUCGGCGUGUUAUUUCCAUUUAAGAAAUCCUCUGUUUAUUACGUUGUCAAAAUUUUAGAAGACAUUUAUUAUUUUUCUGUGAGAAGUAUAUUAUUUUAU